AUGUCUCCUUCAACCUCUUCCUGGUACAAGGCGGCUGCCAGGACCUGGUGUCAUUCUAAGUGGUCACAGGAUGAGACCCUGCAAGAGGAUCUCCAUUUCAGCUUCCAAGAGGCCUCAUUGUGGACAGACCCUGGAUACAGGCAGCUAGAGGCUGGAGAACCCCCGUUCAUCAAGCCUGAUGUGCAGAAGAUACUGGAGGUGCAGACUAGCAAGAGGGUAGAACUGAAGCUCUGGAAAGAGCAAGGAAGGGAGAGCUUUGACCACGCCUUGAGCUGUGUGGGUGAUAUGCUGCAGUCCUGGAGCAGCGAGCAGGCCAUCACCUGCAAGUCAGAGCAGCUCUCAGGUCUCCAUCAGCUCUUUUCCCCCAGGGUCUUCUGGAACAAGUCUCAGAAGGACUGCACGCAGCUUUACUGAGGCCUCCCCUUUCUUCACAGUGAGUCCCUUAUGGCUACUGUCAGCAUGGAUUUCACUGACCCCCAGCUCAAAGAGCACCUAGAGCAACACUUAAAAACCAGGUUCUGGAAACAUGAGGACCAAAAGAUCCAGCUAUCUACUUAUCUCAUGAAGUCUGAGGACAAACUCCCAGGGAUGGGUCAUGCAGAAGAUAAUCGAGGGACUUCAUGUUCCUCAGCACUGGCAGGAAAAAGCAGCCCGCAUGCACAGAGGGUCUCAGCAAAAGGUCCAGAGAUACUCCAGACAGGGAAGGACCCAUGCUGCGAUCUGACAAACGGUCCGGGAAGACCUCUGAGAGAUACUGAUGGGAUCACAGAGGGAUCUCUGGGCACAGUUCUAGACUCGAUCGCUGUGACAGAGGUGGAGAACUCUGUGAGACAGCCAAGAAGCAACUCAGCAGGUCCCCAGCCAGGAGGACCAGGAGAGCAGCAGCUACAAGACACACUGAGGAACCACUUCAGUGAGCACAGCCAUGACAAUGACAGUAUGGUGCCUGUGGGCACUUGCCCUGGAAUUCCGGGGGACCACAUGGUGGUCUGUCGUGAAAACUCAGAGACCCAUUUGGACAACUCAGAAAUUGAAAAACCAGAAACAAAUAUCAAAACGGAGAAGCAGAAGUCGUUGAAUGAUGGGUCCACCUUCAAGGAUACUUCUCCUGGGCUUCCCUUGCUAGAUCCUGACGUCCAGCAGGUGCUGGAAACUCAUCUUUCAAGACACCUGGUGAGGCACAGAUGGAUCUUGCCCCUCAGAGGCCUCAGGGCCCUACAACUCUUCAAGGUGAACAAGGCUGUAGCUUUGUCACUUCCACAACCCCCAAGUCCCUCUCAGACAUCUUUGAAAUCUAGGGAUGACUCUGUUACAAAAAUUGCUGCUGUCCUGGGAGACCCUUUUCAGAAAGGUUCAGAAGGAAAUCUGAAAAGAAAAACAGUUUUCCAGAGUCAAACCCCUCCCUCUGCCCUCAACCUUGAAUUUCCAAGUGGAACUCGUCCUAGUGACAAAUUAUGCCCCUCUGAGUCCCCUUCAAAUGUCCAGAAGAGCAGAGUGGCUUCCUUGUACAGGACACGCAGCCUUGUAGUCAGAGACCGGCACAGCGACACAGUUCUAGGACCUCGGAAUGACAACCCAGUGCCAGGUCCAAACCUACUCAAGAGUGACCAUGCCUCACAGGAGAGUGAGGGUGCAGAUUUAGACCUCUCCCAUGGGCUGUCAGUUCAGGGGACCAUUGUGGACGCCUGGCCAACAACUAGCAGAGAUAAAAGGGAGCUGGAGGAGGAAGGGUCCUGUGACUGGGCACUCAAUGCAGAAGCCAGGGAAAUGUCACCCACUCAGAGUAAAGAACAUCUGAAAGGUAUAGAAUCCCUGAAAGUCAAUGAAAAACAGUCACCUUCCAGAGCCAUUUCCAAGGAGCCUGAAGAUUCUGUUACUGCUGUCUUCCUGCAGGACUGUAGCCCUGGCAUGAUCUUUCAAGACUGUGGCCCAGAGGUCCUGCUGGAGGCAGAUCUCCUAGCCUCUCAGGCCUCACAGUCAGGCUUCAGGACUAGGUCCACUACCAGCAAAACAUCCUCCAGGGACAUGUACCCUUACUUUUCAAGAGGAGGGAAUGUGCCCAAGAAUAUUAAAUCUGAAGAACCAUGGACUAGCCAUAUCUAUGAUCUAACUAAAUACAAAGAGGGCUUUAGGGGCCCCAGGCAAGAUAGACACCUUUCACAGACGAGACCUGCCCAAGCCUGCUGGUCAGAUACUCGUGAAAACAAUUCCUCCCCUCUUCCAGAAAAAACAUUUGGGGACAGGAUAAAAAGUUUUAUGACACACAUUAUGUCAAGUAAAAGUAAAGUGCAGGAGAACUCCCUGCAAAAACACAAGGCCUCAUCAGUCACUUCCCUAAGUCAAGGCUCAGUCAUCAGCAGGGUGUUUCUGCCCCAACAGGUAGCUGAGGCUCAAGACUUCACGAUCUCGGUCAGGCCUAUUCUACAGGAGAAAGUGGGGGUUGGCCAUUCCAGGACAGCCUCAAAGAAAAGUUUGCACAAAGAACCACCCCAGGCUCCUAUGGGCAGGCAUGUCUGCCUCCACAGGACUGCCACUGCAGAAAGACACGAAACACAAGGAAACACUCCCAAGGUACACAGCCAACCUUCCACAGACAAAUGGAUGGACUACACCAGCCAGGCCCAAUUGCUCAGAGAUACAGACUAUGGACUCUCAGGGACCCGUCCGCUGGCGCUCCACCGCAAGCUGGAGGAGCCCUUUAUCUUUCCAGUGUCUGGAUGCCAACCCAGAAAGCAGUCCCAGAAGAUUGUCUAA